AUGGUGUCGGGAAGCUCAGGCGAUACCUGGACCGGUAGCCUCACGGUGGUGGGUGACGAGACCUAUCCCGUUCAAGCCUCCGCCGCAAUAGGCGUCGGAGUCGGGUGCAUGGCAUCUGGCCUACCCGGGGCCCUAGGCGGCUUCAUCUGGUGUCUCCGUCGCCGGAAGCACAGAAACCUGGUCGGCACCCCGGCUCUUCUGCCCCAAGCCGGCGACGAUGACGUCGACAAGCCUGAGCUGGACGCUUCUGCUGAAAGCGUCCCCGUCCACUCGCCGUGCCGAUCCGAGGCAUCUGGACUCGACGCAUCAGAGGUGGGAGACACGCACAAACCACACGAGCUCGCUUCGGGCGAGCAGCGGCAAGAGCUUUCUUCCGGUGAGAUGCCGCAGGAGCUUGCUUCAGACGAGAGGCUGCAGAAACUUCCUUCUCCUCACUCGCGACCCAGCGGUCCGGAUACGUUCGACCUUGCCGGCGGUGGCGGAGAACGCCAGGAGGCUGCAUACCUAGGAUGGUGCCCGGCCGAUGAGGGCUCCACCAUGAGCCUCCCGAGCUCGACUGUGGGCUCGUUCUCCUCGGUCGAAAGGCUCGGGAACGUCGCAAAACCCAGGACAGGCGCGGACAGCUGCUCGAGCGGCACGGCCCGGGCGCUGCUCCAGUCAACGAUGGUAGUCAGGUUGUAUCCACCGUCAGAGAGCAUGUUUCCGUAG